AUGCUGUAUGAGGCAGCUCAAGCAGGAAACACCCAACACUUGCAUCAGCUGCUUACCGAAAACCCCUUCCUCCAUUCUGUUGCUCUCGAUUCUACUGAGAAUCCUUUACGCAUUGCUUCCAUUGCUGGCCAUAUUGACUUUGUUAAGGAGAUACUGAGGUUGAAACCAGAAUUUACCAAAGAACUGAAUCAAGAUGGCUUUAGCCCCAUGCACCUAGCAUUGGCCAACGGACACUUGGAGAUUGUUAGAGAGCUGCUGAAAGUUGACAAGAGACUUUGCCAGUUAGAAGGAAGAGAAGAGAAGAAUCCUCUUCAUUAUGCAGCUACUAAAGGGAAGGUUGAUGUUAUAAGUGAAAUGCUUUUGGCUUGUCCUGAAUGUGUUGAAGAUAUGACUGUACAAAAGGAGACAGCCUUGCACCUUGCUGUGAAGAACAGCCAACAUGAAGCAUAAGUUUUACUGACAUGGGUGAGAGAGGUGAAAAGGGAGGACAUCUUGAACUUGAAGGAUGAGCAAGGCAAUACAAUUCUUCACCUAGCAACCUGGAAAAAACAACGCCAGGUGAUAGAGUUGUUGCUAGGCAAGGAAGCAACCACUUCCCUUGUCCUGGAUGUAAAUGCUAUAAACAAAAGUGCUCUAACGCUCGAUUUGCUACUGAUUUUUCCAAGCAAGGCCGGUGACAAAGAAAUAGAGGAGAUCCUUAGAGGUGCAGGAGCCAUUUGAGCAAGAGAUAGAGAUCAUCAUAACAUCUUCUCUCCUGCUUCUUCAUUUGAGUUUGGUAACCACUUCAAAGUUAGCAACCCUUCAGCUUCAGUGACCUCUCUGGUGCAACCAAAGAAUUUGGUGGAGUACUUCAAGUUUAAGAAGGGCCGAGAUUCUCCCAGCGAUGCUCGUAAUGUACUACUAGUUAUAUCUGUUCUGGUUGCAACUGCAACCUUCCAGGUUGGAUUGACUCCACCUGGUGGUUUCUGGCAAGAUGGUAGCUUAGCAGGGAGGUCCAUUUUGGGUUCUAAUAGCGAAGUUACAUUUUUACUUUUUCGUUCUUUCAACUCUAUUGGCUUCUCAGUGUCUCUUUUCAUAAUCAACAUUCUCACGACCAACUUUCCAUUGCGUUUCGAGCUUCAAAUCUGUAUGAUUGCAAUGUUCAAAUCUGUACAUUUUUCUCUCUUUUCAGUCAGGAAAAAAUAA